CCGUGUGUUUACCCACCGGGUUCAGUUGCAGCGGUCGAUUAAAGAGGCAAGAAUGUCUCGUCUGAUGGGACCCCCUAAUACAUUUCUGCCACCUGAGUGGAAGCAUGCAAACCAGUUGCAUUUCAGGAACUCAGAGGCAGAGCGGGCUCGCUCAGAAAGAUGGACGGCAGAGUGCAAGAGACUGAUAGAGGAGAGCAACAAAUCUACCAAUCUCAUGCAACAGGAUGCACAAAACAGGCUGGAGCAAAGAAUCAAGGAUAUCAAAUUCUGGAAGCAGGAACUUGAGCAGAAGUUUGAGGAGAUAGUGAAAGAGAUUGAAAGCCUCAUCAUCUUUAAGAGCCGUGUGGAGAGAGCCUUGGAGAACUGCUCUGAGCCUCUCAGAGUUAAUCUACAGUGUCUGGCUGAGAGACAGAAGCGGGUGGCGAUUGACCUAGUUUAUGAUGAGGUAGAAGAGAAGUUGUUGAAGGAGAGAGAGGUGAUCGAAGGUGUGAAGGUCCUGCUUCAGCGCACCCUAGAGCAAAUCAUUGAGCAGAUCAGGCUCAUUCGUUCAGUGAAAUACUAUCUGGAGAAAGACCUGAAAGACAAGUUUCAGGCAGAGCGUAUUGAUGAUUUCUGCUUUCUUCUUACUAAUACAUCGCCCAAUACAAAUGGAGAGAAUUCAAACUUUACAAGUGUAGGAACCACAGUGACUCCAGAGGAGUGGGAGAGCCUGUGCAACAUUAACAUUAGCAAAGCUGACAAAGAGAAAAACAACUCUCUUGCUCUGCGAGCUUUGGUGGAAAGCCUACUUACGCAGACAGCUGCAGACAUGCGCAGACAGUAUGAGGCCACAGGCAGAGCGUUGGAGCUGCGCAUACAGGAGACCAAAACUGCUAAAGCACAGCUUGAGAAUCAGCUAAGUGAGCUGCUAAUGGAGAUAGCAAAUCAAGAGAGGAAUUUGGAAGCUGUACGAGUGGCUAUCGCUGAGAAAGAAGCUCCAUUCAAAGUAGCUCAAACUCGACUGUCCAACCGCAGUCAGAGGCCCAACAUUGAGCUCUGCCAUGACUCUGCUCAAAUCCAACUGAUGGAAGAGGUGAAGGAGCUCACUAACCAUAUCGAAAGACUGACUGAGGCUCUUGAACUCUCAGAGAUGGAACUGAAAGCUCUAGCAAGCAGCCAGUUGACUCUGGAAGAGGAGAUCCAGGUGAAAACCAACACCCUCUACAUAGACGAGGUGAUCUGCCGUCAGCUACGUCAGCCUGUCAUUAUAAACAACUUCUAAACAGUUCUCAUGAAAUGUGAAAAUACUUUGUUUUUGGGAAAGAAUUGUAAUCCAGAUGUGAAGAUUUUCAUUUAAAUUAAAAUAUGUGAUU